AUGCAGGGCAAACACGACGCCGAGGACGCGAAAGACGCGCCGAAGGCGCGAAAGUUCACGGACGAGGAGCGCAAAUGGUUCUACGACGCCAUGGCGAGUGGGCUCGUGGAUGAGGUGAAGAAGAUGAAGGAGGACGUGGAGGCGCUGCGGAACGCGGCGCGCGGAGAGACGACGAGCGAGGAGGAUGGGGAGCGAUUGGAGAUGGUUCUGGAGGAUUUGAUCGAACGCGUGGAGAAUGUAGAUAACGCGGGGGAUUUACACACGAUCGGGGGGAUGGAAGCGCUGAUUGGAACGAUGAAGUGCUCUCGGGCGAGCGUGCGAGCGCUCGCGGCGGAGGCGCUGGCGACGACGACGCAAAAUCAUCCCAAGGCGCAGAAACACGCGCUGGAGGAGGGCGCGAUGGGGGUAUUGAUCGAAGCCGCGAUAUCCGAUGCGGACGACGAGGUGCGAGGCAAGGCGCUGUUUGCGUUGAGUUCCCUGACACGCGGUUGCGACGACGCGCAGCGAGCGUUUUCGUUGGGAGGCGGCGCGGCCGCGUGCGCGAAAUUGAUCGGGCACGACGGCGCUGAGCGCGUGCGAGUGAAGGCUUUGGUUCUGGGCAAACACGUCUUUACGCAAAGCGAGGGGAACAUGGCGUCGGCGGUGGAGUUCGGGGCGAUCGCGAAUGCGGCCAAGUGUCUCGAAUCAGCCGACAUCAACUGCAGAGAAGCCGCGGCGCGCGUGCUCCUCGACAUAGCUCGAUGCGUGGACUUCGAAAAGAAUCCCAAGGCGGUGGACGAUUUUCGAAACCCAGCGACGAUCGCUCGCAUCGCCAAGACUCGGGAGAUGAUCGCGGCGAUGACGGACGAGGGCGACGCCAGCGCCAACGCCGAGACCAAGGUGGCGCUCGACGCGCUCGACGCGAUGUUCGCGGGAAACUGACCGCGAGGGCAUGGUGCGCCCCAUGAGAUGAUUUAUAAAGCCUAUGAUGUCCCCCAAGGGUUGAUGCACAUCAAGCACGCGUUCACGGCGAAUGAGUUAGCCUCCAUAGACGCCGCGCUGGCGCACGAGGGAUGGCUUGAAAACGAGCAGGCGAUGCGAUUCUCGCCUCUACCCGACUGGCUCAACGCAUUCGCCCGCAGACUGCGCGGCAUCGCUCUGGAGACGAAAUUCAUCGACACGCACGAGGGCGAUUUAUUCGCAUUUUCCCAGUGCAUCGUGAACCAGUACGUUCCGCCAGGCGGGUUGUCGAAGCACGUCGAUUUGGCCGCCUUCGGCGAAGUCGUCGUCUCUCUCAGCCUCCGAUCGACCAUCACCAUGGAAUUCGAGCCCGUCGAGCGCGAACAUAGUUCAAUCGCGACGACCGCGGUGCGUCUCGAUCACGGUGAUUUGCUCUUCAUCCGCGGCGACGCGCGUCGCCGGUUCACCCACGCCAUCCCGGCGCGUUACGAAGACGUCUUCGACGCCAUCGCCGUGCCUCGCGCCCAUCGCGUCAGCCUCACCCUGCGCACGAUGCAUCCAGACGGUCAUCUCCUCACCACGCCCGCGUCUUAG